AUGGUGGUUACCAAUGUUCAGACAGAAAAUAGUGGGCGUAAUACUCACCCAGGUGGUAAUCCAAUACCAACACAAUCCCAAGUAACUGCUGGCUGGCCUCCGUAUGGCCUUCCUCUAGGUUAUAUGCCACUAAUAAGUGGCUUUGCCCCCCAGUUCGAUUUGGAGUGGCAGCAUUUUGACAAUAUGUAUAUAGAAAGUUAUCAUGAUUUGGUUAAUUUGUUGACCCAACAAAUGACAACAAUCGUGAAUCCCGUGAUGGCAGAUCAUGAAACAAAGGGCAGGAAAAAUCCUCAGUUUAUUCCUGGUAGCCAAAAUGCUGAUGAUGUACUAGUUCGAUUACGUGCUAAUCAAGUCGGUGAACGUUAUCAGGUUUCGAGAAUUGUGGAAAAUGUCCUCAAUAGGGUUGGGUUCAACGUAGGAUUCAUGAAUCGACCCCAUUUUAUGUCAACUUUUUCUCCUACUGUUCAAAUGGCUGAAGUGCCAAGAGGAAUAAAAAAUCCUAAAAUAGUCACAAUGUUUGCUGGAGAAGUUGGGGAAUCAACUACUAAACAUGUUGCUCGAUAUUUGGUCGAAAUUGGAAACUUGGCUAAUGAUGAAAAUUUGAAAAUGAAGUUUUUUCCUUCUUCUUUAAUGAAGAAUACAUUUACUUGGUUUUCAAAUCUUAGACCAAAUUCAAUAACAACAUGGGCACAGUUAGAAAAUGCUUUUCAUGCCCAAUUUUAUCGGAGAGAAAUGAACGAGGCAGUUACUGACUUAGUGGCUUUGAAAUGUGAAGAUAGUAAAAAUAUUGAUGAUUAUAUGAUCUGUUUCAAAAACUAA